AUGUUCCAACUCCGGGAAAAGGGGCAAUUGGUUGAGCACGGGAUGAUGGAUAUGUCGGAUGUAAAUGUCAACGUGAAGGAAAAAAUGGUACUGGAAGAUAAACCUUUCAAAGUUGGCCUUUCCGAGAAUGUGGAUUACGCUGACGGUGUCUCAUUUCCCACAGUGGAGGAGCUGGAUUUAACUGUCGAGCAGAAACAAAACCUGAGCAGUUUCCUCCAUUCGCCGAUGAACAGAAGAAGGCAGAAAAAACAUGGGCAGGAAAUUCCAAAAAGACGGUGGCCAGAUCUGAUCAUUACUGGUGCGAAGAAAUGUGGAACGACGGCGUUGAAGAUUUUUAUGAACUAUCAUCCGACUUUUCAGGACAAACCCGGCGAGCGUCAUUUCUUCAAUCGAGCCCCUAAUUGGAAAAAAGGCUACUCUUGGUAUUUGAGUGAGAUGCCGCUUACUUACGAUGAUGAGGUUUGCUACGAGAAAACUCCGGACUACUUCGAUCGACCAUUUGUUCCAGAAAGAAUGAAAGAACUACCGAACUCCGACAAAGUCAAGUUUAUUCAUGUCCUUUGCGAUCCGGUCAGGAGAAGCUUUUCGCACUUUUUGCAUAUGUUCACUGUUCAAGAGCAUGGAGAAUGGGCGACAGGAGGAUUCGAAUUUUUGUCCAAAAAUUUCGGAGACAUGCCGAAAGAACAAGCCUUUGGGGAAACGAUUGAAAUGGCCUUCAAAAAUCUCCUCAACGGGAAAGAACUAAUGACACUAUCAGAUGACGAGAUCAGAUCUGCUGUCCGAGAAUAUUUCACCAAAUGGGACUUGAAGCCUGGCGAUCCGAAUCGCGUCUUUCCACUCCGAAUCCCUGACGCAAUCCUUACUGGAAGUUUGUACUCGGUUCAUAUUUCCACUUAUCUCCAUUAUUUUACUCAAGAUCGAAUGCUAUAUCUUGACGCGACGGAGCUGAUCGAAAAUCCUGGAAAAAGUCUCCGACGAGUAGCUCAAUUUAUGAACGUACCGGCAACUAUCGACGAGAACAACUUUUACUUUGACGAGCAAAAAGGUUAUUACUGCAUGACGCCGCCAGUUGAGUCAGGACGUGCUUCAUUCUGUCUCGGUUCUGAAAAAGGUCGCUCAAAGGACAAGGUGCUUCCCGACGAGUUGAAGAACCGAAUACGGCGCUUUUACAAGCCGUUUUUAGAAGAUCUAACGAACAAGUAUUCCGGCGAUAAUUAUGAUCACUGGGACUGGUAG